AUGGCUCGCAGCAAGAUGCGCUCGGUCAAGACGAUCGGCUUCGGGCGGCUCCCACGUCGCCGUGUCGACCCUGCGCUCGACGAGUCCGAGUCGACCGACAGCUCGACCUCGCCCUCGCGCGCCGCGUCCCCCGAGCCAUCCGAGCCGGCCCGCUCCGCCGCGCCAGAGCCUGAGCACAAGCCGGAGCCCGCGCCACCUCAACUCGCAGAGCCCGCCUCGACCGCCGCCGACCCACCCUCGACCUCAGCCGCCGCGACCGCCAACCUGUUCGAGCCCGCCCGCUCCGCGGCGUCCGAGCCCGAGCCCAAGCCCAAGCCGGACCUUGUCGUCGACGACGAGAUUGCCGCGGCGAUCAAGGCCGUCAAGGAGGCGCGCAAGGCCGUCAAGGAGGCGCGCAAGGCCGCCCAGGCCGCGAAGAGGGCGGCCACGUCACUCGACGACGAGCGGCAGGUCAAGCGCGUCAAGCGCGAGUGA